UGAAAUUCUAUACGAAGAGCAUAAUACACUAUUUUACCUAUUGGGUUUACAUUGGUCAGUAAAAUUUCAGUAAAGAAGGUUCAUGGCGAGAAAUUCCAUACAGUUCGCGCGGUCAGCGGAUUUGCAUUGCAGGCGCGUGUUAUGAUAUGCAUGCUGCACUAAUAUGGCUGCCAGUAGCGUUAAAAAACAAACCUAUCCCGGUUUCUACAAACAACUUAAUGAGUCAAUAAGUUGGUUUCUGGAGCCUGUAAGCAAUAAGAAGAAAAGCAAAAAGUCAAGUGGGCCUUAUUAUCCAGUAGAAAGAAUAAUUACAAAGAGAAAAGUCAAUGGAAGUACAGAAUAUCUUGUUAAGUGGGAGGGCUACAGCUCGUACUCCUGUAGCUGGGAAGACGAAAUGAAUCUGRCAAGAGACCUUUUACAAUCGUACGAAAAGCCUAUCAUWAACAAGACAAGGCUGCAGUCUAAUAUUGACAAUCUUUGCAACAACAUUAUAGCAAAGCUCAAGAGCACGUCAAGGGCCCCACUUUCAUUCAACUUUGAYCAUGACUGUUUUCGUUUUUUGUUUGGAAACAAAGGAAAUAUAUCCAAGGAUGGGAAAGCUUUUAUGAUGGAGAGGAAAGAUUUUGCCGAAUGUCAUUUUUUCAACAACUGGGAUCAGUCCUUGGACAGCAAUGGGGAUGGGGUGGUCAUAGAAUUCCCUAUGCGGGURAGRUUARUUCUCUCUUUUUCUCCACAUGUCACUGUAUACCAGGAUGGAAAGCUCUUUAAGCAACCAAGAAUGCCAAUUGAGAAACUAAAAAUUGACUUUGUUCGUAAGCCAUACUCUGCCACUUUGUUGUCAUAGUAUACCUUAAAGCAGAUCAUAAAUUGUAACUCCAUAGCUGGAAAAAUGUGAAAAACAAUUAUCCUUUUUUGUACUUUGUUGUGAAAACGUGUUCUUACUAAAAUAAAGCAAAAAGAAUUUGAAGUCUCUAUCUUUCUUUUUUUCUAUUAUUAAAGUAAAUGUUUGGUAGAAACUGCAGCAUCAUAAUUUUUACUCUAACUUGAAGUUUAAUUUUCAAAUUGAAAUGUUUUGGUCAUGUCCAUAAAUAACAUUGUAUUAACCGAUUAUCUCUGUGUCACUCAGUGGAACCAAUACUGAUGAAUACAUACAAAAAAGAUCUAUAACACACAAAUCCAUGAGGAUCAAUGAAUAUGAAUUUAUAUAGUUAAAUAAAAUAUAACAUACAAUAGAUAAAAACAUGAAUCCACGAGGAUCAAUAAAUAUGAAUUUAUAGAGCUCAAUAUAUACAAUAGAUAAAAACUUAAAUCCAUGAGGAUCA